GUCCGUUCUAUUUCAGAUUAUGGAUAGCCACGACGUAGAUCGGUUUCGUGGCCUUGACAUGAGCCAUGGUUUCAUAAAAUCAAUUGUAAAGAAUCAGAUUGAUAGAGAUGAAUAUCAUAAAGUAAUGGAGGAACGAAAGAUUGAGGUGCAAAAGAAGAUCAGAGAAAGUCGAAGAAAAAAGCCAGCACCAGCCGCAGAGUAUAAGCUUUAUGUUCCUCCCCAUUUGCGAGGCAAAAACGAUUCGACCGAAAUUCAGAGAGUUGCACCCGAUAGAAGGAAUCCAUGUCCGGCGAUUGUAAGCGAAAUAGAAGAAGAAACGUUACGAGAAAAGGUUCGCACUCGAUUUCAAGCUCGCUCUGAUGGACCUAAUCUAGAAGCAUUAGGAAAAAAUGCUACACCUGUACCUACACCUUCAAGACCAGUAUUUUUGCUUAAUCUGAAGAAGAACACGGGAGACACAGUUGACAUUGCAGUGAUGAACACUGAUAAUGCCGCUAGAUUAGCAAAAGAACUAGGUAGAAAACAUGGUUUCACUGAAGAUCAAUGUAGGAUGCUCCGUCUCACUCUUGAGAGGGAACUUGAGGCUAGACUUGCUCCCUAGUCUACCUUCAUUUACGUCACUUUUGCCUGUCUAGUUGUAAUUGAUCAAAUACAACUGCCAAGUAACAGCUUUACUUUUGGGUAGUCAACGUGGUUACUUGUCAUAGUGCAAAGUGCAUUAACAUGGUCUGUGAUAUGUUGAGAUUUUGUCAUCAUGUAUCCUCAAACCCUCGUUGUCAUAAUACUUUCUUUUUCGCUUUGGACUUUUGAAUUUUACUGUUUGGUUUGUGCUUAUUAUGCCUCGCCUUCCAUUUUCUUGUCGAACGAAAGUGAUGAUACUAGUUAUAGAACUGCCUGAUUCGAUUUAUUUUUCGCUGUUGUGUAUGGUUAGCGUGAGUUGUGUUUUAUUCAGUGCCAAACUCUUUUCACCCGUGCUCUACUUUUUGGUACUUUGCAUGCUUGUAAGCAUCUUCGCACUUCUUAUUGGGUUUUUACUUUGCCUCACCUUUCAUUUUUUGCUGUCGAACGUCUUUUACCACGACAAAAUAACCUCAUCAAGGUCAUCUCAAUUAUGAUUUAAUUCGACUUCUCGUUUGUCAGCUAAUACGAAUCAAAUUUUAUUCACCUCUACUCACAUUAAUCAACGAGAUUAUGCGUGUUUACUGUUGUUUUGUGUAUAUUCAGGGACUCAACCACCGAGGUUAGCAUA